AUUCCAGUUGUCGUUAUAAAUAUUUUGCCGCUUACUGAAAGAAGGUGGACUUCCUCCUACAGCCACACAUUCAGUGCAACGUUGAGGAGAGCGGAGCUGCUCCACAGAGUCACCCGUCUAUUUUUAGACCCUCCAUUGUUGAUCUCUAAGGUCAACUAUUUCCCCACAGAUAUUUCAACAACAUCUGAAGACGCAGAAGCUGACAGAUUGCUGUUAUUUUACCGUAGGUGUGGUGCCACAAUGCAGAAGAGCUCAAAGAACGCAGUAGUAUUCUACAAACUAGCUGGAGCCGAGACGGAGAUAAGAUCGGGGUAUCUGUUCAAGUCUCCUCCCUCCAAAAGGAUGAAGGCAGAGAAAUCAUGGAAGAAACGUUUCUUCGUCCUGUUCAAAAUCAAUGACCACCAGCAUGAACUGAAGUACUUCAGGAGUGCAGACGACAGGGACAAGGCGUAUGGAGAGAUAGACUUGUCACAGGUCUCGGUGAUGUACGUGAGUCCUCAGCAUCAUCCUAAAUGGGGUUUGGUCCAGAAGAGCUUCAAGUGCUCCCCAAACUGUGUGCUCUACAUCGGGACCAUAGAACGAGACUACUUCCUGGUUGGGGACACCAGUGAUGAGAUAGAUGCCUGGUUCUCUGACCUGUUUGACGCGCAGCUAUCCCGGCCGCAUACAAUGCACAAUGUAGAGGAACUGUCCAAUGGACAGGAAGUAAUUGAGGUCAUCACGAAGCCACUUCAUAAAAAAAAGACUUCGGCGCCUCAGAAGCCACUGCGUAAGAUACGCUCCAUCUCGGACCCAUGCACGAAUGCUGAGGAAGGCGUCCGAGUACCAAAGAAUGAAGCCAUUUACAGAAGACGCGCAUCGGAGCCUGUGAAUCCAAUCUACGACUAUCCAAGACCUUUGUUAACAAAAUCACUGACGAUUGAGGAAAAUGGGCCAAACGAUGAGUCGAUAUAUGAGACAAUGUCGGAAAUUAGAAGCAAACAGCUGGAACACGCAGGGGAGGAGCUGACCAACGGCACCCUGACGAGGAUCACCCCGGCCUUUGAUAAAGCCAAAAGCCAAGUCUCCCAGAUGCCCACGUGUGCGGAGGAAACGGAAGACAGGGAAGAGAAAAACGCUUCAGACUACAGCAGCAGCUCCAGCGAGAUCAGCUCCUUCUCAAAUGAGAAUCUGAGCUCCAUCGACAGCCCUGACCCUUACGCCUCCGAGGAGAGAAAUAUUAAGGUGAAGGUGACGGAUCUGAAACGGCACCUGGUGCUGAAAGAUGUGAACCGGAAACUAAGUGUGAGCGGCUGGCUCUCCCUAAAGUCAGUCAAUCUGUUCUACAAGGGCGAUGAAAUCUUGGGCGUGAAUGAUUUGAGAGUGAGCACCGAGGACGAGUUCAACAUGUUCAUCAACAAGUCCCUGAAGAGCGAGGUCAAGGUGAACGUCCGCCGUCCGGCUGUGCGCCCAUCGCCGCUGUCUCCAUCCAGUCCCUGCAGUGACUGAACCCUGACCGGGGCCUCGAACACCUGCCAGCGUGUCCAAAAGGAUGUGAUGCGUAAACAGUGACGAGCACAUUUACCAUCAGGGGAUCGCGCUGCGUUCACUGUAGCUACAAUGUCAGUUCUUGUCAAUUGUCCGUAACAGGAAACGAGAGCGCUUCGUCUUACAGAAAUAUUUUUCCUCAUGCCACAUGUCUGAUGCCAAAACAAAGGCUCUCGCUACACAAGUAAAGAGCAUGACAUCAAAACCAAAGCAUGCGAAUCAGUCGAACCAAGAACGAGUUGGAUGCUCAUAAUGUGACUCCUGUAAUGCACAGGAAGCAACAUUAUUUAUUAUUUUAUAGCUAGUGUACAGUUUAAAGCCUAUUUAAAUGGAAAGGUACAUUUUCUCUUCUCUGAGCAGUUUCAUAUUAAGUUGUGUUUAUAUUAACUUGAUUUCUGCUGGUUUAUCUUGAUGCUGCGACAGCCUGUUUCGGCCGCACUUCUGGGAGAGACUUUCAAAUUAAUAUGCAGACAGAAUGGUGUUGUGCUUUAGGCCACGUUUCACCUAUUUCUGUCUAAUUUGAAAAAGACUCAGCUGCUCACAAAACUGAGAAUGAUAUGCUGAAACGCAGUAGAAAAUAAUUUUAAUGCUUUCUACGCGGAGCAUCGUGACCGGCGCCGCUCCCGGGUCACUGGGGGCACGUCCUGGUGGCCUAAUGUGCCGCACAAUCAUCCGGGUUUGAUUCUAAUAGAGACGUUGAACAGGCGAGGUGUAAAUGUGAUGUUCAAGCUGCUAAAUUGUAAAUACAUUCUGUGAUAAAUGAUGAUUUUAUUUAAGAGGGUGAAGCAGCUGCAGGUUGCUCGUCAAGAUAGUGAAUCUGAAUUAUUUGUGAAAUGAGAAUAAAUAUUGUAAUUUUUGGA